AUGUCGCUUGCACUGGGGUAUGGCUUUGUGGAGUUUGAUGACCUGCGAGAUGCGGACGAUGCUGUUUAUGAGCUCAAUGGCAAAGAUCUCUGUGGGGAGAGGGUGAUCGUUGAGCACGCCAGGGGACCCCGGCGCGAAGCUUCGUGCAGGGUGGCCUUCAGGAGGUUGCAACUGAUGUUCUUCAAGAUGUUCUUGAAGGUCUUCAAGACCUUCAAGAGGUUCUUGGGCUCCGCAGAAACCCACUGUGAGAUACCUCGGAUUCAGUUCUUUCCGAGUGAUUCUUUUCCUCUCCCUCUCUCCAGGUACGGCUUUGUGGAGUUUGAUGACCUACGAGAUGCGGAUGAUGCCGUUUAUGAGCUCAAUGGCAAAGAUCUCUGUGGGGAGAGGGUGAUCGUUGAGCACGCCAGGGGACCCCGGCGCGACAGCAGUUACGGUUCUGGACGCAGUGGAUAUGGUUAUAGAAGAAGCGGAAGAGAUAAGUACGGUCCUCCCACCCGUACAGAAUACAGAUUGAUUGUGGAAAAUUUGUCAAGCCGCUGCAGUUGGCAAGAUCUUAAGGAUUAUAUGCGUCAGGCAGGGGAGGUGACAUAUGCAGAUGCACACAAAGGAAGGAAAAAUGAAGGUGUCAUUGAGUUCAAAUCCUAUUCUGACAUGAAAAGAGCCCUUGAAAAGCUGGACGGGACAGAAGUAAAUGGCAGAAAGAUUAGAUUAGUGGAAGACAGACCUGGAUCGAGACGGCGCCGCUCUUACUCCAGAAGCCGAAGCCAUUCGAGGUCUCGCUCUCGAAGCAGACAUUCCCAUAAGAGCAGGAGCCGCAGUGCCAGUAGCAGCCGCUCCAAGAGUAGAUCAAGAUCCAGGUCUGUGUCCCGUUCCAGAAGCAAGAGCCGUAGUCGAAGCAAGAGCCGUAGCAGAGGCCAAAAAGAGAAAAGCAGGACUCCAAGUAAAGAGGAUAAAAGUAGGAGCCGCAGCAGGAGCGCAGAGAAACCCCGGCACAAAAGCAAAGAUAAAUCUGAGGGCGCUCUCCAUAACAGCGACGAGAAAACAAAGAGCAGGAGCCGCAGCAAGGAGAAGAGUAGGAGCAGGAGUGGGAGUAAGGACAGGGGGGAGCCGAGGGAGAGCGUGAGGAGCCGCAGCAAGGAGAAGAGUAGAAGCAAAGAGAGGGAGAAGAGCAUUAGCAAGGCCAGAAGCAGGAGCAAGAGCAGGGAUGAGAGCAGGAGCAGGAGCCACAGUAAGGAUAAAAGGAAAAGUAGGAAGAGGAGCAGGGAUGAGAGCAGAAGUAGAAGCAGGAGCCGCAGCAAGAGCGAGAAAAGCAAGAGGCGCAGCAAGAGAGAGAGCAAAGCCAGUAGCAAGAAGAAAAGGAAGGACAGCCACGAGCGGUCCAGGUCGGCCUCCAAAGACAAGGAGCACCUAAAAUCCGAUUCUGAUAGAAAAGAGGCAAAAGGGGAGGGGGAGGAUGCAGCCGUGCGUCGGGCGUCUCGCUCCAGGUCCAGGUCCAUUUCCAAGACGAAACCAAAUGUCAAAUCAGCUUCUCGUUCCAGGUCUCAGUCCGUCUCGAAGCCCAGGUCCCACUCCAAGUCUAGGUCUAGGUCUGCCUCACGGUCACGCUCCCCAUCGCGGUCAAGGUCUCGCUCCAGGUCCUAACCUUGCCUUGACCACACUCAGAAGAACCCGACAAGUCUUUUGUACAUGUUGAGUAGUUGUAGCACAAGUGAUUGAAGUAGAAACCAUGUGGAUGCUGUAUAUUUUUGAACAACCCUGAGGGUAUGUCCCUCCUCCUCGUGAGCUGCCGCCCUGCAGCGCGCUCUGCUCCGAGCCCGCUCCACUCAUUUCCUACCCUACAGGAAGGUGCUCUUUGAAUACAACUCUUCCUGGAGCACCAAAAUCGCCCCGUUUUGCAGGAG